AUGACGGGCGAGCGACGGGCACGCGGCGACCACGUCGCCGGGGUCGCUCGGUUGGCGAGACACGCGCUCCUGCUGCUGUACCUCCUCGCGGUCCUCCAGCUGCAGGGACCGUCGCCGGUCGCCGGCGAGUCCCUGGGCGACCCGUACAAGAUACUGGGCGUGUCGAAGCGCGCGACGGUGCAGGACAUCCGGAAGGCGUACAAGCACCUCGCCAAGGAAUGGCAUCCGGACAAAACUGAUCAUCCAAUGGCUGAGGACAAAUUUGUAGAGAUAACAAAAGCUUACGAGCUUUUAACAGAUCCGGAGAGAAGGAGAAGGUUUGAUAAUCAUGGAAUUACGGAGGAGAGUAUACCCAGGCAAAGGAGGGACAAUAGUCACUUCAACGUUCACGAUCCACUCGAGGACUUGUUUACCGAUAAUUUUAAAUUCCACUAUCAAAGCAGAGACAUCACGUUGUUCCACAAAAUGAGCAUCACAUAUCGAGGGUUCGAAAACGUAAUAGUGCCCAAGACUUACCGUAUGCCGUACUUGAUCCUAUUCUACUCCGACUGGUGCUUCAUGUGUCUGCAAGUGGAGCCUACCUGGCGACGACUGAUCGACGAGCUGGAACCUCUGGGACUCGGCCUGGCCACGGCGCACGCCAAGAAGGAGUCCACUCUGGCGAGACGGCUCGGCAUCCACUCUCUUCCGUGUCUCGUGAUUGUCGUGGAUGGGCGCACUAGCGUCUACAAGGAAUCUCUGUUCAGCAUUCAGAAAAUUGUUGAAUUUGUACGAAGUAGGCUACCAUAUAAAUUAAUAAGUACUAUUAGUAAUAGUAACGUUGAAAAUUUCUUAUCGGGCUGGACGGAUAAUCGAAUACGCGCUUUGAUAUUUGAGAAGAGAGACUUUAUUCGCUUGCGAUAUUUGCUUACGUCUUUUCACUAUAGAGAUCGAGUAGCCUUCGGCUUUGUCCAGAUCGGCAUACCGGAGACUGAGAACAUAACGUCGAAAUACAAAAUCUCAGGCGAAUUAGACACUUUACUGCUCUUUAACGAGAAUUCUGAGAAACCAAUGGCGUCUGUCAGUAUGAAGGACAUUUCCAGCGAGACCAUGCAUAAUGUUAUCACCAACAAUAAAUUCCUCGUAUUACCGAGGCUUUCAAAUCAAGCCAUGUUGGACUCUAUAUGCCCGCCUGAAUGGCUGAAGCCGCAGAAGCGAUUGUGCGCCGUUCUGAUAUCGCAGCAGAGUAGUCCUCUGCACGACAUGGCUAGGCACAAGUUUAGACAAGCGGCAUUGGAGUCAUCUUAUAGCACGGAACGUGUCAGAUAUGCAUACGUAUUCAAAGAUACGCAACCUGAAUUUGUAUCAGCACUAUCAGCCGGUGAAGGCAGUCCGCUGGAGCCUUUGUUACAUAUCGUCAUCAUAUGGAGACGAGAUGCGAAUCACUUGAAGUACGAAUGGCUCCCUCACGGUUGGGUCGAGGCCGUUCAGGAUGAUCGUAUAUGGAACGAGACGCGUAGACAUUUGGAGAAAACUAUACAGAGGCUGUUACGCGCCACCGAAGCUUUACCAUACGCUGCUGUCGUAGGGGAAUUGGCGGAUGAACAUGCACAGGGUACUGUAGACAGAUUGAUAGGAAGGGCAUUAUUAGCAGUAGACUAUAUAUCGGAUAAUCUUACGAAAGAGCAAAUUUUACCUUUGAUAUCGGUACUGGUGACCCUCAUGCUGAUAGGACUCGCGGGAUAUGGAAUGUCGUACCUAGCUAAGCUAGAAGAAGCAAGUGUCCAGGCCGACCGUGUUCAGUGCAAGGACAACGGCAAGCCGCUCCCAUCGCAGCCGCAGCUACGAUUGCACGAAUUACGCGCGGAGAAAUUCAACGGAUUAGUUCGGCUUUUGAAACCAGGCUGUCGGACCAUCAUUCUGCUGAUCGACGCCCAAAGCCGAUUAAAGUUAUUGCCAGCUUUUCACAAAGCUGUGUGGCCUUACAGAAAGAAUAAAACGCUUAUGUUCGCACAUAUGUCAUUAGAAAGGGGUCUUGAUUGGUACAAGAAACUGUUAUCUCUCACUUUACCCGAGCAGAAGGAAUUAAACAUAAAUGCCAAGAACUGCGUCGGCACGGUCCUGUCCUUAAACGGACAUCGAAAGUAUUUCUGCAUGUACCAUGCCAAACAUCCGGAGCAUUCUAAGGGUAAACUAAGAUCUAAGCGUAUAGAAAAGAUGACCAAGCAACUCGCCCAGAGAUCCGAGGAUCCGGAAGCGGGCGCUUUUAUCGGUUUUGACAGUUCCAAUGAAUCCGAGCUGUCUCAAGACGAGGGUGGAAAUAACAUUUUAUAUCAAGAGAACCUUCUAGACGGAUUACCCAUGUGGCUCGACAGAUUGUUCGAAGGAUUAACGCAACGUUAUUAUAUAAACUAUUGGCCCGAGUUCACUGCCAAGUAAAAAGGAGAGGAGAAAUACGUUUUUUUUUUCUACACUUGUAGAGGAGACUAUGACGCCUAGGGACAUAUUAUUUUGGAACACGUUGUUUACCUUCCCAACACAAACGGAAGCCUUAAGUUUGGUUGCUCGACGAUAUUGCUUCAGUCAUCACUUGUUUACAGCCUGACUAAGUACAUAUUUUGUACUCAUUUAAUUUUCAUCCAGAAACAAUUCUUACCGGGGCUAUUUCGUAAGUAUUUCUUUUAUCAGAUAUACAUCUUCUGAUUUUUUAAGGACGCUUUCUUCUAAUUUCUUUUAAAAAAUUUGUACACCAAAACGUUCAAAUACAUUGAGAUUUUUAUUUUAGCUGUUAGUAUAUUUAUAAAACUUUAUUUUUCAUGUAUCUUUAGAUACAUGAGACUUUUUGUAUCCCGUUCUUCUUUUUCCGUAGGUUAUCGUAAUGCAGUUCGAAAACGUAGAAAACGAAAACUGUGUUAGAUUAAAUAGAUACGAAAUAGCAAUUACGGAUAUUUUAGAAAUGGGAUAUGGUUUAGAUACUGCUGCAACAGCCUACGGACUUGAUAUAGAUUAUCUGUCUAUGUUUUUUCAUACUAUUCUUACUAAGGGAAAAGUUGUUAAAGGCAGAAAUAAAUGUCUAUCGUUUUUCGACGAGCUAGCAUUUCUACUAUACGUGAAAAUAUGUCGUCAAGACCACUGUGUUUGCUUAGCAUGCUUCAAAGAAUAUCUUCCACGUCUAAUUUACAAAUUCGUGAAACAAAACAAUAUAAUUUAUCCGUCACAAUGGGACAAUUGUCGGGCGGCGGAUGAAAUUACGAAAGAACGAUUUCUGAAGAGACACGAAAAUGAAAUUUCAAGAUUAUUUUUGAAAGAUUGCUUGAGAUUAUCUCCGAACAAUCUGCUUAAAAAAUCGCUGUACUUUUAAGAAGAUAUUCUCAAAUGCCCGUCGAGCUUUAGAUAUCCGCGCAAACGUACUGGAACAUUGGAACUCCCGGACGAACGUUUCUUGAAGCAAACAAGGAGGACCUUAUGGACAUAAAUUCCGCGCAAAGAUGGAUGAUCAUUAAAAGGAGACACGAUGUUUUCUGCAAAUUUUUUCUUAAUUUCUGCAAAUAUUGAAUAUUUACAAUUAACGAAAAAAGAAAGGUUAAAUAAUCGAAAAAAAAUCAAAAAAAGGAUAUAUCAAAAGAAAUCAGUAGGUAUCACAGUCUCCUCUAUACCUCGGUAAAAGUGAUAAACAAGGUUAUCGCCUAGUCAACAAGAAUAUUAUUGCCAUCGGGAUUAUACUGUGAUUCGAAUGGACACAGACACAAGACCCUGUAUAAAGACAAAACAUAUUCAUUACUUAUGCUAAGUACCGUUUAUAAACAUAUUUACAGUUUCCUGCAUUUUAACAUUUUUAGAUUGGUCUUUAAGUAUUGUUAAAAGAAAGUACAUUAUAAAAAUGAGAGUUAUGUAGCGCAGCUAGAAGGAGAAAGAGAAAGAUUUUCACCGAGCCGGUGGAUCGAGAUUUCUCUGGAUAUAGAUCAAGUUUUCUAUAUACUACUACUUCAUCCGUUCCUAUAUUACUCGGGAUGCUCUUUCUAUUCCUCGAAAUUACUUGUAUCUAGUCAACACGUUACCAAAAAAGGUUAGCAGUAUUGCACAGUACAAGCGAAUAUAGAUCAUUUAUAUUUCCUCUAAUGACUGCGAAAUCGCAAUCGAUUGCGAUUCUCGUUGCGUUCGAAUACGUUAACUCCUUACGAUAUUGUAACGAUCGCUAUUUUUAGUGUCUCGUAAAAAAAAAAGAGGAGUAAGAAUGCGUAUUGAUAUGUUCAUCUACCUAAAUGCGUAUACUCUGUCGCUUGGUUCGCCCUGAGUUUAACGGUAAUCGCCAUAUAUCGUACGAGCGUAUUUCUCGAAUCCGAAUGGUCACAGUAGCACAUAUCUCUACCUGCAGAAUUUAUGCUUUAUCGAUAUGUAGUUACCGUAAAAUCGAUAUAAUUCGUAAGCGCAAAACCCAAAUGUUAGCAUGAUAAAGGUCUUAUAUAAAAGAGAUAUAAUUGCCCUUAUCAAGAUUUAUAUACGUCCAUUACAUUUUAUUUUCGCUCGCUCUACUUUUCCACACCGGCUCUCUUGUUAGUUGUAUUAUUCUCUAAAUAAUACAUAUGUACGUAUUGUUUAUAGAUAAUGUAUAUGUAUAUAUAUAUACGUAUUAUAUUAUUUAAGUAUUACAUUUAUCCGAUUUAUCCGCCAAAGUAUUUUAGCGAACUUCUAAAGAGAUGUUUACUUCCCUUUCGAAUAUGUAAUCGGUUUUUUUUUUUGCAAAGCGACAGAUGUAGGUACUUAUUUACAUAUACAUACAAUAUUUCCUUAUUAUCAAGAAGCUAUUAGAUAAUAUAUUAAACGUUGUACUAUAGAGAAAUGAGAUACAUUGUAACGCUGUUGAAGCUGCAAAUUAUGUGCGCUCAAUUGUUUAUACUUUAUAUCCUUAUAUAUGAAGAUAAAAAUUUGAUGAGACAAAUA